UCGCCGCCAUCUUGGCUCGGUGCUGCUGAGGCCUGCUGGGAACAGGACUUCAAGACAACACCAUGACGGGCAGGUUGUGGUCCAAGGCCACUUUUGCUGGCUACAAGCGAGGUCUUCGAAACCAGAGAGAGCACACAGCUCUUCUGAAAACUGAGGAAGUUUAUUCCCAUAAUGAGACAGAAUUCUAUUUGGGCAAGAAAGGCACCUAUGUGUACAAAGCAAAAAAUAACACUGUAACUCCUGGCGGCAAACCCAACAGGAGCAGAGUGAUCUGGGGAAAGGUGAUCCAUGCCCAUGGAAGCAGCGGCAUGGUGCGGGCAAAGUUCCACUCCAACCUACCUGCCAAAGCCAUUGGAUCCUAG